GGCAAAAAGUUUACGUUGGUGCGCGGAAUACGUGUUAAAACAACUAGCCUUUUUUGUUUGGGACCAGCGAAUAUAAAUCAACAUGGAUGCUCCCGUAUUGCCAGCAAGUUUGUAUACAGUUAAAGCUAUUGCUAUUCUGGACAACGAUGGGGAGAGAAUUGUUUCCAAGUAUUAUGACGACACGUACCCAACAGCCAAGGAGCAGAAGGUUUUUGAGAAGAACCUCUUCAGCAAGACACAUCGAGCAAAUGCUGAGAUUAUAAUGCUGGAAGGACUGACGUGCGUCUACCGCAGCAAUGUCGACUUGUUUUUUUACGUCGUAGGCAGCUCUCAAGAGAAUGAACUGAUCUUGGUCAGCGUCUUGAACUGCCUCUAUGACUCCAUCUCACAGAUAUUGAGGAAGAAUGUUGAGAAGAGAGCCCUCCUUGAUCAUCUUGAUGCAGCUUUCUUGGCCGUUGAUGAGAUCGUUGAUGGCGGGAUCAUUCUAGAGUCGGACUACAGCAAUGUUGUACAGAGGAUUGCUGUUAGAGGGGACGACAUUCCAAUUAAUGAACAGACAGUUGCUCAGACCAUAUCGAACAAGUUACAAUUUUUCAGAGAAUAAAAUAGAAAAUAGCAUCGGGUACCACCAGUCUUAACCAGCUAUCUGAAGGUUUUACAAACGGCACGAGAGCAACUUAAAUGGUCACUUCUGAAGUAAUGUCAUCUGCUUGGAUAUCUGCGGACUUUGACAACAUGCAAGUGGUCUUCAGAAUGGCGGAUGAUUUAUUUAUGUAUGAUACAGUCCACUACUAGUAAAUAUUACAGUACACAUGUAUUUAGUUUUUUCGUUGCCAUGUAGCGGCCAUUUUUGUAGUACCCGUCAUUAACCAGAGAAAGUACUCUAAUAUAUCAGUCAGUUCAAUAAUAGUUUGAUUUUUAGAAAAAAGAAUUAGCUUUUGCAAGUAACUCACCAACCAAAGGGACUUACACAUGUAUGGUAUAAAUGCAAAAAAGAUUAAUGGCCUGACGUUUUGACCCUAGCAGAGUCUUUCUUGAAGGCUUC